AUGUCGGUCGCUGAUGUUACGAAGUUCUACACGGAAUCGGAUCGUCGUAUCCUUCGCGCUGGAUUCUGUUAUCCAGCGCGUGGAGGGAGAGGUGUGAGGUUUAGGAAACGGAGCUACGAAACCUUUAUUCACUGGGAUCACUUCGCUCUCCUUGCGAGUGAUUGGGAAGAUUCCUAUUCCGUCAUCAACAAUAUUGAUGAGGAUUACAACGGAUCUGUCGAACACCUUGAAGACGGUGCUAGUGGAGCGGAGCGUCUACGAGUAUUCAAGAAUAGUCUAGUCUUUGAGCUGAUACGCCAACAUGGAAUGAGAGCUGCAGGCAAUCAUCAAAAAACGUUCGAAUUUUCGAAGCCAUGCAUAGAAGUGGUAAAGGAAAAUCUGAAAGAGGGAAAGGUCUUCUACGACUUCCUCUCGGAUAUCCGGCAGCCGCCUCUACCUGCCAUCACCUAUCUUAGAUAUAACGCUGUAUCGGAAUAG